AUGAUGAAAGAAGGAGCUGCGAGGAAACUUGCAAACGCUCAAGAAGCCAUCGUGCAAGAAAUACAAGCUAUCAAAGAAGGGACUGCGAUGAAGGUUUCUGGGGCUGCACAAGCCGUCGCGCAAGAAGUACAAGGUAUCAAAGAAGGGGCUGCGAGGAAGGUUUCUGGAGCUGCACAAUCCGUCGGUGCCGAGUUAAUAGAGGCAGGCAGAACUCUUCAGCGUGAAGGCUCACAAAUCUAA